CAACCGCUGGCUGCAGAGUUAUUUGGAAAGACAGGUGAUGUUGAUCUAACCCUUGACCUGACGGCAAUCGAAAAACGAAAUGACCUGAGAUACGAAAACUUGAAGAUUGUCAUAGGCACACCUGCUGUAGGAUAUGACAAUAAGAAUGAUGCGAGAAUCAACAAUACAUUUUCGAAAGCUUCCGUCCACAACACUAGCUACCUAGCUAAGCUAACUUAGCCAGACGCUAGCGAAGGCAGUUUGCCAGCUUUCAUGCUGGGGAACAUGUUUUGAGUGCGAGCAGAGUCGAUGUGACUAUCUUAAAAUUUCAACGUAAGCACCCUGGGUGCAGUCUUCAGACGCCGACUCUUAGCAGGGCUUCCUUCAUAUAAACACACAAUGUGGCUCCAGCAAAGACUAAAGGGGCUACCGGGCUUGUUAUCAAGCAGCUGGGCGAGAAGACUUCUCAUAGGACUGCUGCUCUUCCUCAUUUUCUACUGGUACCUGGGAGCAGAGCGCAGAUGGAGGGUGUUCGGCGGCUCGGCCAUGCCCGGUGGGGCGGCAGGACAGUGCCUACUGGCUGAAAUCCACAGGUGGAACUCUCAUGUAGACCGAGGAGAGGGGAUAUACAGCACACCUCAGGAACAACUAGAUACACCUUUUGUAUCAGGUAACGGCCAUAUUCUGAUUGACAUUGACUCUAACAAACUGUGGGUGGCGUCGUCUUCACAGCCCGGCUCGGCUCCGGUCCACCAGACCGAAUACUCACCGAGACUCGGCGUCCAUCUCGAAGGGACGCGGGCUGAGGCUCAGGCGACCAUGCUGUGGUUCCGGAAAGGAGCCGUGCUGUCGGUCCGAUGUGCCUCACCAGCCGCCCUGCAGUCGGCCCGGGACUGUGUCACCAUCAGAGAGGAGUUUAUCGCACACAGAAGCAGACCUAAUGUCUAUCUCCAGCGAAUCCACAUCAACAACCCGUCUGACAGGCCCGCCUCCUUGGACGUUUCUUCUGAGAAACCCUCCUUCGGUAGCAAGUUCUCCAGCAGUGUGGACAAACUUGACGACAGAGAGAUAGUGCUCUCCUCCGGCAGAGUGCCUGUGGAGAAUAACCGGAUGGUGCUGGUGGUGGUGGUCACCAAGAAGCUGAGCAGCAGGAUCCAGGUCUCUGCUAAAUCAGAGUACACAGACAACAUCCUGUCAGUGGUGUGGACUUCAGAGCCUAUUGAGUCCUCCAAGUUGGAGGAGACCUUCAGCACCCUCAGAGAAGGAGCCAAAAAGGAGCUGGGGGAGCUGCUGAGAGCCAGUGUGGACGAGCUGGUUGCAGAUCACCAGCAGGCCUGGAUGGACCUCUUCAUUUCAGGUGUUGAAAUGAGGAAGAUCACAGACUCCCACACACCAUCGAGCCGCACGGUGAACACCACCCUCUACUACAUCCUGUCCUCCUCCAUGGCUCCCCUGCUGGAUCGAAGGCUGAGCGGCGAGGAGCACGCUCGUCUCGAGUCCAGCCUCAACUACGCCGACCACUGCUUCAGCGGCCAUGCCACCAUGCAUGCAGAGAACCUGUGGCCCGAGCGGGUGAGCAGCACCGCUCAGAUCCUGCAGCUGUUCACGCUGUGGACUCUGACUCUGCAGAAGAGAGGCUGCAAGGUGCUGGUGGCAGCCGGAGCCCACGGAGCCAUGCAAGGUAUGGUGCUCAGCUUCGGAGGCCUUCAGUUCACAGAGAACCACCUUCAGUUCCAGGCCGAUCCGGACGUGCUGCACAACAGCUACGCCCUGAGAGGGAUCCACUACAACCAGGAUCUCAUUAAUCUGGCGGUGCUGCUGGAUGUGGAGGGGAAGCCUUUUCUUCACGUGUCGGUGAAGCCACAGGAGAAGCCGGUGAAGCUGUACGCCUGCGAGGCCGGCUGCCUCAACGAGCCAGUGGAGCUGACGUCCGAGAUCAAAGGUCACACCUUCCCCGUGAUGGUGACCCAGCCCAUCACACCACUGCUGUACAUCUCCACAGACCUGCGCCACCUGCAGGACCUCCGCCACACCCUGCACCUCAAGGCCAUCCUGGCUCACGAGGAGCACAUGGCCAACAGGUAUCCAGGCCUGCCCUUCCUCUUCUGGUUCAGUGUGGCCUCGCUCAUAACACUCUUCCACCUUUUCCUCUUCAAGCUCAUAUACAACGAGUACUGUGGCCCCGGCGCUAAACCCCUCUUCAGAAGCAAGGUCGCCAGCAAAAGUGAGGAUCACUGCUGUGACGCCAGGAACGCUGCUUGAACACUGCAGUGACAUGCACACACUCACCAUGUGGUAGCGGUUCUGCUUGAGCUUUGGCAGCGUGGGAGAUGUUAACAUGGGUGUGCUGGUGCUGAGUGACAUCUACUGUGGAAGGAUGAUGAUGUAGAGGCAUAUGGGUUAGAGUUGGACGUCGAUGUCACUUUAUAACCAGAUAGGUGUGUAACUAGCUGAUCCAUAAACUGUUAGAAUGACCAUUGCAGUCUCCCAAAGCACAACUCUGCAUAUUAAAUGUCUGAAGAUAUUCAGUCUAAUAUCAUGCAAGACCGAAAAAAUCAAGCAAGUAUUUACAUCUGAGGAACUGAAUGAGAGCAUGUUCCGGCUGCAUUUUUGUUUAAAAAAACAUGCAACAAACAAUUAAUUAAUAGAUAAUGAAAAGUUUGAACAUUUUAAGGAAGCAUUUGAACAGCAACACAAUUUCAGCACGUGAAAUUCUCUCUUGAGCAGGCUACAUUUUGAAUUUCUGAUCUAAAUGGAAAAUUGUACAAAACACCUAGAACAGUGGCUGUAGAAGUUAUAUAUAUAUAUAUGUGUGUGUGUGUGUGUGUGUGUGUAUAUAUAUAUAUAUAUAUAAUUUGCUUCUACAGCAAGUAAAACUGACCACGUCUUAAAAAGUAAGUUUUUAAGAGUAUAAGUAAGUUUUAUAUAAUUAUAUAACAGACUGUCAAUGGACCUUUAAAAAAAAAAGGAUCCAAAUCGAUGCAGCAGAACCUUUUAAUUUCUUCCUUGCCGAAACCCUGUGCUUAAAUUACCCACAAUGCAACUCAACCAACAGUAGGCAGCAGUUUGGUUCGGCUAAUGUAGCUUGAAGCCUCUAGCCUGCAGCAGAGAUGAGCAGCGGGCUACAGAGGUCUGGUAUGAUGGUAAGAUCACUUCUUUCUCACUCAACACCUCCUUUUCAAACCUGCAGUCUUCAGCCCCAGCCGACGCUGACUCAAGUGACAUCACCUGAGGUCAUUUGUCAGACUUCACACAGCUCCCUCUGGAGACACUAAAGGCUUUAGACAGCUGUUUUCACAACACCUGCAAACACAGACUGAUGAGUUCCCCUUUAACAAACUUUGUCCAAAAUGAUUUAGGACACCCGCACAGCCACACAGCCUGAUGUUUGAUCUUCAAACAAAAUGAUUGAAUGAACGUGUGUACAACACUUAAUGGUGAUCCCACCAAUAGUUGGAGAGAGUCUGGACUAAGGGGUGGUUCUGACCUGUGACACUGUGUUGAUACAACAAUUACAAUGUAAACCAAAAGUCUAAAGAAAACUGCUUAACCAGAUGUUUUAAUCUCAGCACCAGCACAUCUUUGUAGCAUCAAAUCACACUUGGCUCUGCUCUUCAUCUGCUAACUGGACAGGCUGUCUCAGUGAAUGAGAGGGGCCACCUGCAGGGCGAUCCAACUGCAACACAAUAAUAUUUACUGUCAAUUUACUUGCUCCUCUUGCUUCGCUCAUUAAUAACCUUUCCAAGUAAAACAGCCUUGUGACACUGUUUUCUGCUGGAGUAAACACGGCUGAGCAGUUGCUCAGUUGGCCAUGUUAGGUCUAUUAAAACUGGUUUUAUUUCCUUACAUUUGGCCAUCGCUUUUAUCAGUUGCAAUAACAUUAACAACACUUAAGUAAUUUCACAGAUGAGUGAACACUGCAACAUCAUUAAGAAGUCCAACAGGUAAAGAAACGCCAGCAGCCAGAUGGUCAGACCGGUUGGAAACAAACCAUUUGGAGCACAAAUGUUACGGCCUGAACUGUCUGCUGUAAACAUCCCUCACAGUUUACAGACCCGCUUCCUGCUUCAGCUUCGACCAGCUGAACUGACUGGAUUUGUGUGCACUUGCAUGUGUCCUGUGCAAUGAGUUACAGUGUGAUUGUGCAAACUUUUAGUUUUGCCUCCCAAAAAAAAAAGUGUGCCAUUGUGUUUAUGUUAAACCUGUCUGACGGCUCAUGUUUCUUUCCAGCUGUGGGACUAUUUGUUAGUGAUGUUGCCACUUUGGUGCGUCCAGUCUCAUCAUAACCUUCAGAAACGAUGGUCAGAGCUACUGAAAUAACACCCUAGCUGUAAAAAUCUUCAAAUGCUAAGUCAACUCUAGAUCACUACUAAAACUGUUGCACUUGUGGCCACACACCAGUUCAGAGACAGUGGGGUUUUAACACUCGACAUGUUAGUGAAAAAACUACUGUGCUGUCACUGACUGGGGUGGGGGCAGGAGUGCAACCUGCUGCAAAGUUUUAACCCAUACUUAACCACAUGCUUAUAUGCGACAUGUAUUUUUGGAUACACUUUCUGAGUAGGGACUUGGGCUCGGUGCCCAGUGUACAUUUAAAACACAGCUGUCUCAUAAAUUUCUUGUACUAACCUGAUCACUCUGUCCUCUGUCAACGUGAACUCAUCUCGAUUCCUGUAUGAGGUAAAUUUCAUUGAUUCAACACAGAUCUAACAAACACCUCGUUAAAUGUUAAUGAGGUACAACUCAUGAGUUUGAGGCUUUUGUCCGUGGAGAUUAUUCUCAUGUCAACGUUUGUGAUUUACAUGUUUCUGAUUCUGUAUUUGUUCAUCUUUUUUUUUUCUGUACGUGGGUUUCAUCCUGACUCUUUAUUUCAUGUGAGCUACUGUGUGUGCCUUAAUGAAGAAAGAAGUUAAUUUAAUUGAAUUACUUGAACAUGUAAAACUGAAGAUUUGUUUUUGUUGAAGUUUUGCCAUGAUGUUGGGGAGAAUAAAUCACUGAAUU